CGGCCGCCCCCGGCCCCGCCCUCGCCCCGCCGCUCCGGCCCAAGAUGGCGGCGCUGAGCAGCGGCGGCAGCGCCGAGGGGGCUUCGCUCUUCAACGGGGACAUGGAGCCCGAGCCGCCCGCGCUCGGCGCCGGCUACGCGGGGGGCGGCAGCGGGGACCCGGCCAUCCCGGAGGAGGUGUGGAACAUCAAACAGAUGAUUAAAUUGACACAAGAACAUAUAGAAGCACUGCUAGACAAAUUUGGAGGAGAGCAUAACCCACCUUCAAUAUAUUUAGAGGCCUAUGAAGAGUACACCAGCAAGCUUGAUGCUCUACAGCAGAGAGAACAGCAGUUACUGGAAUCCAUGGGGAAUGGAACUGAUUUCUCUGUCUCCAGUUCAGCUUCAACAGACACAGUUGCAUCAUCUUCCUCCUCUAGCCUCUCUGUAGCACCUUCAUCCCUUUCAGUUUAUCAAAACCCUGCUGAUAUGUCACGGAAUAACCCUAAGUCUCCACAGAAGCCCAUUGUUAGAGUCUUCCUGCCCAACAAGCAAAGGACUGUGGUUCCAGCAAGAUGUGGAGUGACAGUCCGAGACAGCCUAAAAAAAGCGCUGAUGAUGAGAGGUCUUAUUCCAGAAUGCUGUGCUGUUUACAGAAUACAAGAUGGAGAGAAGAAGCCAAUUGGCUGGGACACAGACAUUUCCUGGCUCACAGGAGAGGAGUUGCAUGUGGAAGUUUUGGAGAAUGUGCCACUCACGACACACAAUUUUGUACGAAAAACGUUCUUCACGUUAGCGUUCUGCGAUUUCUGUCGGAAGCUGCUUUUCCAGGGGUUCCGCUGCCAGACUUGUGGCUACAAAUUUCACCAGCGCUGUAGUACAGAAGUGCCACUGAUGUGUGUUAAUUAUGACCAACUUGAUUUGCUGUUUGUCUCCAAGUUCUUUGAACAUCACCCCAUACCACCAGAGGAGGCCUCCUUAGGAGAGACCACCCCAGCAUCUGGAUCAUACCCUUCAGUGCCCCCCUCAGAUUCUGUUGGACCACCAAUUCUCCCUAGUCCUUCUCCUUCAAAAUCCAUUCCAAUCCCACAGCCCCUCCGACCAGCAGAUGAAGACCAUCGGAAUCAGUUUGGGCAACGCGACCGAUCCUCCUCAGCUCCCAACGUCCACAUCAAUACAAUCGAGCCAGUCAAUAUUGAUGACUUGAUUAGAGACCAGAGUUUACGAGGAGAGGGAGGCUCAGCUGCAGGUUUGUCUGCAACACCUCCUGCUUCUUUGCCUGGGUCACUAACCAAUGUAAAAGCGUUACAGAAAUCACCAGGACCCCAACGGGAAAGGAAAUCAUCCUCAUCCUCAGAAGACAGAAAUCGAAUGAAAACUCUUGGUCGACGGGAUUCAAGUGAUGAUUGGGAGAUACCAGAUGGACAGAUCACAGUUGGACAAAGGAUAGGAUCUGGAUCAUUUGGAACAGUCUACAAAGGAAAGUGGCAUGGUGAUGUGGCAGUGAAAAUGUUGAAUGUUACGGCACCCACACCUCAACAGUUACAGGCUUUCAAAAAUGAAGUAGGAGUGCUCAGGAAAACACGACAUGUGAAUAUCUUGCUUUUCAUGGGUUAUUCAACAAAACCCCAGUUGGCUAUUGUUACACAAUGGUGUGAAGGGUCCAGUUUGUAUCACCAUCUACACAUCAUUGAGACCAAAUUUGAAAUGAUCAAGCUAAUUGAUAUUGCACGACAGACUGCACAAGGCAUGGAUUAUUUGCAUGCCAAGUCAAUCAUCCACAGAGACCUCAAGAGUAAUAAUAUUUUUCUUCAUGAAGACCUCACAGUAAAAAUAGGUGAUUUUGGUCUAGCUACAGUGAAAUCACGAUGGAGUGGAUCCCAACAGUUUGAACAGUUGUCUGGUUCCAUUUUAUGGAUGGCACCAGAAGUUAUUAGGAUGCAAGAUAAAAACCCAUAUAGUUUUCAGUCGGAUGUGUAUGCAUUUGGGAUUGUUCUCUAUGAAUUGAUGACUGGACAGUUGCCAUACUCGAACAUCAACAACAGGGACCAGAUAAUUUUCAUGGUGGGACGAGGAUACCUAUCUCCAGACCUCAGCAAGGUGCGGAGCAACUGUCCCAAAGCUAUGAAGAGACUAAUGGCAGAAUGCUUAAAAAAGAAAAGAGAUGAGAGACCCCUUUUUCCACAGAUCCUUGCCUCCAUUGAGCUUCUGGCACGGUCCUUGCCAAAAAUUCACCGCAGUGCAUCUGAGCCCUCGUUGAACCGGGCUGGCUUCCAGACAGAGGAUUUUAGUCUAUAUGCUUGUGCUUCUCCAAAAACACCCAUCCAGGCAGGGGGAUACGGAGAAUUUGCAGCGUUCAAGUAGCCACAGCACCAUGGCAGCACCCACUCUGUUAUUUAAGUCUUGUGUUCCUACAGUUUCUUAACAUCAAAACUCCAUUCUGCUCUGCAAAACCUAAAGUAAUUUAGAAAAGAUAUCCAUAAGCUUAAAAGUGGAGCAGAAUGGAACCACCAGUCCAACACAAUGGGAAAAAGUACCUUUUUGGGAACCAGAGUCCUCUGCUGCCAGUGUCUCUCCUUCAACACGAGCCACCACGUGCAUUCGGAGACCUGCGGUGGCUGCCUGUGCCGUUGGCAUCACUCCCAGGAGAGGAGAGGGCGCUCGUGGUGGGACUGUGGUGCUCGGGCGCGGGGACGGAGCUGCUGCUGCUGCUGCUGAACUUAGGAGCCUUGCUUUGGAGGGUCUGCCGGCCGCCUUGCUCCCUCUAACAGCGUCAGAGCCUCAACAUCUGAUGAGUGCUCAUUUCAAUGAAUCAUUUUCCAUUCUGAUCCUUUUUUUUUUCUGGUGUACUUACUGAUUUAUGGACAAGGCAGUAUCCCCUUUUCGCUGUAUUACAGUGUCAAACGCCUCAGUCUGUCUAUAUUGCUGGGGUUUAUUCCUUUAAAAUUAAAAGUGUGGGGCAGUGGGAGCUGGAGAUGUUAUUCUGGAGGCAGAGAGGUUCAUCUGAAGAAAAGGGGAUGCUGCCACACCUUUUUUUCAGAUUUACUUUACCACUUCUUAAAAAGAACGAACAACCACCAUCCUUAACCUUUUUCCUUUUCCAGUAUUUUCUUGGUGUGUGCAUAUACAACAUCUUCUUGAAGGAUUAGGACGAUCCUUCUUUUGUUGGUCCAGCAACAAACUGAAGUUUAAAAAAAAUGUAGCGAGAUUGUCCUCUUUUAUUUUAUUUUUUUUGUAUCAUAUGAUACAAUGUAUUUAUCAAAGAUGCUGCUGCAGCAUCUAAAGUCUGUAGAAAUCCUGAUACAGACUGUGAAUGGUGUAUGUACCUACUUUAAAAGUUUUAUUUUAAACGAGGGUGCAGGUUAAUGCCAGGUACCUUACCAAUAUGUAAUGUUUUCAUAAAUGAGGAAAAAAGUUCUCAGGUUGAAUUGAAUUCAAAUACAAUCCCCCCCUAGAAUUAGACAUUCCAAAAAUUAUGUUUUGGUACUUUCAAGAGCUUUUUUUAAAGGAUUUUUAUCCUGUUAACUAAACGUCCUCUGAUAAGUGUGUGUGUAAAUGUGGAGCAUCUUGUCCUAAUGGCAAGUUGUUAGGUCAAAACAAAACGGUACUUGCUGGAUCCACGCUGACUACUCCUCCUCUCAUCGCUUUCCUCCCUGUCAUCUCUUCCCUUCUGCUUGUCUUUCCCCUCUGUACACUUUGCAAACUAGGACGAAGGUGGCGGUGUCUCCAUUAGAGUGCUUUGUUUUCCUGUCCUCCAGUCAUGGAAAACAACAACUCAUAGAGUUCUGCACAUCAUUUACCUCUAGUAGAAUAUCUUGUGAUGUGAUCUGCUUCCAGAGUUCUCUGGUAUGUGGUAUUACCUGUAAAUUAUUUGUACAGAGGCAAGGCAGACCACAUUGGAAAGAAACUCAAGCUCAGACAGAAGUUUCCAGAAUUUGAUUCAUAUCAGCUCUGUACCACUCCAGGUGAGGCAGGAGAACUGACCCCCCUCUAGCAGAGAGGUUCUUGCUGGAAGGAGGUGGGGAGUUUUUAAAAAAUCAUGACAAAUAAAUGAAGGAGUUAAAUGUGUGUGAAUGUGAUGUCCAUGCUAAACGUGGAUGUACCGAGUGAGGGUGCUGUCCUUCCCUCCCUAGGGAAAGGGGACUGUUCCUGUCUGCAGAAGGUUGCUCCCAGAUGAAGGGAGAAAAGCACAUCAGAAGUAGAAAGUGUUUUUAAUACCCUAGAAUUUUGCGGUGUUGCUGGUAGUCUGUUACGUUUGUCAGUAAAUAUUUACUGGGGCUAUAGGGACCUGACUGAUCUGAAGUGGGAAUUAAAACUGAAAUACUGUGUAUUCAUAUUAAUUCCACAAACAUUAGCAAGAUAGCAAUAGUGAAUGACUUAAUAGUCACUACAAGAAUGAAGUGAUUCAUGUUGGUACAUGAACGGAAUUGAUUUUGUGUACAGGACGCAUUUUAAAAACGAAGGAGAAAAAAAAAGCACAAAUUUUUUUCUUGUCUGCUGUGGGUCUUCAGAUGCUGUAGGGUUUUUACCUUAAUGAGGCUGGCAGGAAUUUAAAAAGUAGCAAUAGCCACUUUCCAGUGUGGAGAAGCUGAUGCAGAGCAGUGGUAGCAGAUGGUGCAGUCGGAGUGCUCCCGGGUGAUCAUCUGAGGCCAGUACCUGAGAGGUGGAGGGAGCCUGGGGCCACUGGUGCCAGCAGGCAGGUGAGAGCAUUUACCAGAUACAGGCUCCCAGGGGGAAAGGAGUCCCUGCUUCUCCUUUCACCCCGUGCUUGGCUCCAGCCCCUUGAUGGGCUGUGGCCCCAUUUGUACAUGUCAGGGAUACUGAGGUCAAGGUUCUCUCAAAAGAAGCUGUUAACAGAGCAAGUAUGGACGGGUGGUUCAACACUCAUUUGUUUCACAGAUCAUGUUAAAAGCUCUUGUUUCCUUCCACAGUCAUGCUGGCAGAAAAUUCUCUGUUAGGAACUUCAUUCUAUCUUUGCUUAAAAUGAACUUAUUUGGUGAAGAUCAUUACCCAUUAGUCUACAAUAUGCUUCUUGAGCCCAUAGGAAAAGCACAAGGAAAAUUGCUAUCCUUGUCCAUGCAAAGCACUUUAUAAGUAACACAUGAUCUCUGGGGGGUUUUUAUUGUGAUUUGUUUGUUUGUAGUUUUGUUUUUCUUUUUUUGUUUCUGGUUUUAUUUUUUUCCCUAAGGAAUGUGCAAGUUGUUUGGCUGCUGUUUAGAGAAGUCCUUUCAGGAUGCAUUUCUACUGGUUUUCUCGUUUGUUUGUUUCCCUCCAGAUAGCUGUAGUAAUGUGUGUUUGUCUGUAAGAGUUCCCAGGUAAUGCUCAUGCAAAACUUUGAAAGAAAUGUAGUUUGUAAAUAAUUGGGAUCAUUUUUGGUUUUAUCUUUUCCUUCAGUAGUUUUUCUGGAUGUCUUGCAUGCCAUCAGAACCAGUCUUAAAGAUGCCAUUUAGAUAUUUAGUGAAUGGGGAAUCAAGACUAGAUGAGAAAUGAAUGCUCUCUGUAGCAGUGGGAUGAAGGAAGUAAACUGAAAUGACCAACACAUUCAUACCUGUUACCCUAAAUUCCCUAAGCUCCUUCAUGGUGUCCCAACCACAGGCACAUGCCGUAGUAUGGAAAUGUCAGUACAUCAUUCAUGUGCACAUGUUGGGACAAGCACCUAGAGUUAUUCUGCUUCUUUUAGCUCUGUAGUAUUUUGUAUUUCCUAAUCAUUUGCAAAAGUACCAGUAUCCAGUCCCAGCUAUUCAUGUCUUUAUCCACCAGGCACAGACCUUCCCCUCUGCCUUUCCUUUUCCAUACAGGUGACAGAGGCCUGUUACCUGUUACACCUUCCUGCUCAGAGUGUGAUUAUUUCCCCUGGCAUAUUUGCCAGAACUGCAACAUUGUGGCGAUGUUCAAACCGAUUGGCAGGGAUAUAGAGGCCAGGUUGCUUUGAAAGUAAUCGCUGUGUCAGUUAAGCCCUACAUAGCCCCAGAUACAAUUAGCUAUGAAUCCACUUCUGCUUUUUAUGCUUACCCAAAAUCAUCCUUUCUUGUACUUGACUGCUCUAGCAGCUGAUGAUGAUGCAGAAUGUUUGAGAACAAAUACUGUCAUUUUACUAUGGUGUCUUAGCAUCACUUGGAUUAGUAUGUGCUCCUUAGAGGCAGAAUUUGGCCUUUGUGGCAUAAAAUAAGUGAAAUUCUCAUUGUUGAUAAAUGCCAUGUCUUUCCAUAAAUGCCCAAACUGGGGGAGAAGUACCCUGAAGAUGACACAUAAAUAGUUUUUCUUCUGUGUUUGCCUGGUGGUGUAGAUGCAUCCAGCAUUUUACAGAAGACUGAGGGAAGCCAGAUCCCCAGACACCUCACAAACAAGUAUGGAUUAAAGCUUUGAUAUCUGCAGGGACUAAAUUUAGGGAAGAAGCAUGUAGACAUUUCACACUUCUGCAGCCUCUAGAAUUCAUUCCCUUCUUGACUGUGAGUGCAGCAUUUGUAGCACAGACUCUUCAUAGUACUGUAGACGAUCUCUGUUGAUAAAAUGUAUCACCAGUAGCACAGUGGGACAGGCAAAGCCUCUAGGUACAGUCAAGUUAAAAAGCAGCUGCAUGAGUGGACUCUUAGAGCAUCACUCUGAAAAUGCUGAGUGUUCUGGUUUUCUGUGAUGCAUUUUUCAUAGAAGUUUAUGAAACAAACUUUGUUUACUGCAGCCUUGUUACUGUGCAUUUGCACUUGGUGUUUGUGUUGGCAUGCAUUUGAAAGACCUGUCUUCACUGCUUUGUUACUUCAUACCAACUUCAUACCCACCAUAUGAAGUUUAGCCAAGGCAAGUACUGGAUUCUGCACCUGGGGUGGAUACCCCUGGUUAUGUGUAUAGGCCAGGGGAUGAGAGGCUGGAGAGCACAAAGGGACCUGGGGGUCCUGGUCAUGGCAAGCUGAACACGACCCAGCAGUGCCCUGGCAGCCAGGAGGGCCAACCCUGUCCUGGGGGCACAGGCCCAGCAUGGCCAGCCAGGCAAGGGAGGGAUUGUCCUGCUCUGCUCUGGGCUGGGGUGGCCUCACCUCGAGGGCUGGGGCACUUUUGGGUGCCACAGUGUAAGAAAGACUAUUACUGUUAGACUAUUACUAAUGAACUAUUAGAGAGUGUCCAGAGGAGGGCCAUGAGGAUGGUGGAGGGGAAGCUGUAUGAGGAGCAACUGAGGAGGGUCAGGCACUGAGCUCUUUUCUGUGGUGACCGAUGACAGGAUCCAAGGGAAUGGCCUGAAGUUGCAUCAGGGGAUGUUUAGGUGGGAUAUCAGGAAAAGGUUCUUCAUCCAGGGGGUGGUCAGACACUGGAACAGGCUGCUUAGGGCAGUGGUCACAGCACCAUGCCUGGCAAAGUUCAAGAAGCAUUUGGACAAUGCUCUCAGGCACAUGGGGCAAUUCUUGGGCCAGGAGUUGGACUUUGAUGGCCCUUGUGGGUCCCUUCCAACUCAGCAUGUUCUGUGAUGCUGUCAUUCUUACCUAAUAAAUUAUUGGAAGAGCAGAGCCAGAUUGUUAAAAUGAAAAGGUUUGCGUGUAAGUUUCAAGGAUGCUAACACAGAAGCUACUAAGUCAGCACCAUGACAGCAGUAACUAUGAACCUGUGGAAGGAGGAAGCUUUAAAAGUUGCAGAAUACAGACUACACCAAGAGUGAAUUCAGAUGCAAACUAACUUCUCUCUUUUGUUUAGAAAAGAGAGGUACCAAGACCCUCUGUUCAAUGGUUUACAUAGGGAUCCCCCAAAACAGUUUUUUGUAGUUUGCCAAAUGAUCAUGUGCCUUUGCAACUUUAAAAAGUACAACAGAAUGUAAACCAGGUGCUUUGUAACUAGAGCAGUGUCUUUGGUUUACAUCUGCUGCAGUAGUUUUGUAUAUAGCUAUCCCUGUAUGUAGGUAGUUUGGGGUUGAUCAACUCCUGUAAAGGAGCAGGGAGGGCAGAGAGUAUUCCCCAAAAUACCUGUUAGCAUUUCAAAGCUAAGAAUUGAAGGAUACCAAAUUUAGUUAAAGUAAACCUGCUGCUUGAAAUCUGCUCUAUAAACAGGUAAUGAGCUUCAUUUAACUUAAAAACAACUAAGCCCUCCUUCCCUUCCAAAGACACAGAGAUCUUGUUAAGGAAAGCUCCGAAGAGACCCAAAGCUACACUUAGAGCAUCUUGGAAUGAGAUGGUAGGUGGAGAAUGAGAGCUAGAUGAGGAGAAACUGGUGGUUAGCAUUCAUGUAAUCAAGGUUCACAUGUAUCAGACCAUACAAUUAGUUCCUUGUCCCAGAAAAUGCAGUAAGUUGUGUUUCUGGAAUGUCAGCAGCUUUCCUCACUGCUUCCCUGGGCCUCUUGCAGUUGCUGUUCAGUGAUCAUAUCCUGUUAUUGCACAUGAACUGUGGGAGAUGGUAGGUGUCUUGUCAGCUGAGGGACAACCAGUAGGUGUGAAUUUGAUUUGUUCAAAUUUCAAACUGGUUACGUAGACUUCUGGCAGUACCUACAUAUCAGUGUCAUAUUUAACCUACUUGUCCAUGAAGGACAAAAUAAUGGGUUUAGAUAUUAAUGCUUUUUCAGAUCUUUUCCUUUUCUUCCUCGGGGCAGGACUUUUGGCAUAAUUGUAACUUACAAAGUUAUGUCUAAAUGCACAGUUCAUAUGAGAUGUCAGACCAAUUUUAAUUUGGUUUUGUUCCUUUUAGAAAACAAAGCAUAAAAAUGUUCUGCUUAUGUUCCAGAAACUAUCUAGAAUCCUUCUACCUACCCCAAAUUCUGCACUAAAAGUACAAGUGAUGGUUA